AUGACAGGUGUGGAACCAAUUUUAUCUGACAAGACAGAGGAAGUACCCAAAGUGGAAUUACAAAUGACAGUCCAAGGUAAAGAUUUGGAAAAGGACGCUUUCCUGGAUAUACAAAAGAACCUCCCCCUUCACCCACGGAUGAAUUCAUCAUUACUUGGACUGAACCACACUCAUCUCCUGAACGGCCUUGAGGGCAGCCAAGGUGAAAUGGAUUUAACUUACCGGGGCCCACGUAACAGCUCUGAGUAUCCUCUCCACUUCCUCAGAAUAGAAGUAGGGGAAACCAUGAGAAUCGCUUCAUCAGAAUUUGCUGACGAUCCUUGCUCCUCAGUCAAGAGAGGCACCAUGGUCCGAGCAGCUCGAGCUCUGCUUUCUGCUGUCACUCGCUUGCUCAUCCUGGCCGACAUGGCAGAUGUCAUGAGGCUUUUAUCUCACCUGAAAAUUGUAGAGGAAGCAUUAGAAGCUGUGAAGAAUGCCACCAAUGAACAAGACCUUGCAAACCGCUUCAAAGAAUUUGGAAAAGAGAUGGUGAAGCUUAAUUACGUAGCUGCUAGAAGGCAACAGGAGCUAAAGGACCCCCACUGUAGAGAUGAAAUGGCUGCAGCUCGUGGUGCCUUGAAGAAAAAUGCAACGAUGCUCUACACUGCUUCACAAGCUUUCCUCCGCCACCCUGAUGUCGCAGCCACCAGAGCCAACAGGGAUUAUGUCUUCAAACAAGUCCAGGAAGCCAUUGCUGGAAUUUCCAACGCAGCUCAGGCCACCUCACCUACUGAUGAGAACAAGGGGCACACUGGAAUUGGGGAGCUUGCUGCAGCCCUGAAUGAGUUUGACAACAAGAUCAUUUUAGAUCCCAUGACGUUCAGCGAAGCCCGGUUUCGACCCUCCCUUGAAGAGAGAUUGGAGAGCAUUAUCAGCGGGGCUGCGCUCAUGGCCGAUUCAUCUUGUACCCGUGAUGACCGGCGGGAGAGAAUUGUUGCGGAAUGCAACGCGGUGAGACAGGCCCUGCAGGAUUUGCUGACCGAAUACAUGAAUAAU